AUCAAAUUCAGUUAUAUUUCAACUUCCCCAAACAAAGUUCUCUUCUUCCCGCUUCUUUUACCUUCUUCAUCAAGAAAACAAUGAGGAUCUUCUUCAACCCUUGGAUAAUGAUUACACUGUUCGUAGUUCUUCCCGUUCUUCUCUCUCUCAGAAACCCUCGAGGUGAACCACAGAAUCCCAUAACACAAACAACCACUUCUUCUUCUUCUUCAUCUUCAUCUUUCUUUGGUACUGUCAAGUUAGCCAAUACUUUUCCAUUUGAGUUCAAUCUCAGAAUCAGAGAUGGUUCCAAUCUUCAAUAUGAUUUCUACAGAGGUACUUGUCCUAAAGCUGAGGAUAUUAUUCGUUCUUCAGUUGCUGAUAUUUUCUUUGAUCAUAGAUCGUUUGCCGCUUCUAUUCUUCGUCUCUUCUUUCAUGAUUGCUUCAUUCAGGGCUGUGAUGCUUCACUGCUGUUGGAGGAUCGAAACAGUUCGUAUGAGAAGCAGGCUAUUCCAAAUCUGACAUUGAAAGGUUUCGACAAAAUUGACUUGAUUAAGGAGGAAGUGGAACAAGAAUGUCCUGGCGUCGUGUCUUGUGCUGACAUUAUUGCUCUUGCAGCAAGAGAUGCUGUUCUUUUGGCUGGCGGACCUUUCUAUCCAGUUUUAACCGGAAGACGAGAUAGCCGUCAAUCGUAUUUUCAGGAAGCAACUGAUCAAAUUCCAAGACCAGAUGAUAACGUUACGCGCACACUUCAACUCUUCAAUCUUAGAGGAUUCAAUGCCCGGGAGACAGUCAGUCUUCUUGGAGCACACAAUAUCGGAAAUAUCGGCUGUGAUUUCAUUCAGCAAAGGCUAUACAACUUUCAAGGAACAAGACAACCAGAUCCGAGUAUACCUCUCGAUUUCCUUGCUGAUAUGAAGCGAAAUUGUCCACCAGACAACAAGAAUACUAGUACCAACAACAGCACUAACGAGUUUUCAACGUUUACGAUUUCAAAGCCAAUGAAUGUUCAUGACUCUAAUAAGAAAGGGAUGUCAUACACGCAAGCAUUGUCAUCAAUAUCAUCUGGAAAGUCACUUGACACUCACUACUACCAGAGCUUGUUGCAAGGAAGAGGGUUACUGUUUUCUGAUCAACAGCUGAUGGCUCAAGAGAAGACUGCAAGAUUGGUUUCUGCUUAUGCUUCGGACGAUGGAUCAACCUUUCGGAUGGAUUUCGCUGCAGUUAUGUUGAAAUUGUCUAAUCUUGAUGUUUUGACUGGAAACCAAGGCGAGGUUCGUCUGAAUUGUUCCCAACUCAGAAAUUCUUAACUGAGUUGGUUUGUUCUUUAAGCAUUCUUCGUAAAUGUCUCGCACAUAUUUGAGAAUAGUUUUAACUGUGUAAAGUGACAUUCAGUUUAGUCUAUGGCUGCAAUAAAUAUAUUCUGAUGUAAGAUCAGCUUUGUAUAGA